ACAUAAAUAUAUAUUAAAAUGAAGGUUUAUCGUAUCGUUAGUGAGGAUCAUGUCAAAUUAGGGAAAAGUGCACAUUAUAACGGUAAUUUCCCAAAUCCCACAGAUUUGUGCGACAUGUCAAAACACUAACCAUGGAAAUGUUAUGACACGAAUUUCUCAAGGAAAACUUUGAAGCUGGAUCCCUCAGAAUUUGUAUUGUUUCACCUUUGUAAUGUUGUCCUACGUAUGUAUUUACCUAGUAUAUUAUUUCUAAAUAUGUACAUAUGUAUGUAUGUAUAUGUGCAUACAAAUGUAGAUACUUAAUUACAUGUUUACGUGAGGGUAUAUAUGUAUAAUGCAUACAUAUAAUUUAAUACGGGUUGAAGGAAAUGAAUAUUUGAAUUUUCACAUGUACAUAAAUAUUAAAUCUAUGUAUAGAUAUGCAUUAUAAGUUAACGAAGUAAAAAACAUAUUCAUUCUGUUUCUACUUGUAUAUACUUAUUGAGCUAAAUGCGGCUGGACAUGAAAAUACUCGCCUCGUGUCCAGUUGUAACAAGUUAUACGAGAGAUAAAAACAUGCUAAACUUUUAACAAUUGAAUAUGCAUACAUACAUACAUACAUAUUCUUAGAAAAUACAAACCUGUUCUUGUGUACGGCGUAAGAUAAUUAAUAUGCGGAUUAUACAUGCAUAUGUACACUUCCAUACAUACAGGUACAUAUUUGCCUUUAAUUGCCGAUAGACAUGUGUCUUUCUCUUUCACAUACAUACAUACAUACAUACUUAUAUUGCAAAGCUACAUAUUCGCAAAAAACAUUCUACAUAUAUGUGUAUGUAUUUAUGUACGUACCAGUUGAGAACUGAAAAACUUACGUAUUCCUUAAUUGUUUAAAAAAUUUCGUCUCGCAUACAUGCAUACAUUAACUUUCCGUGCCCAGUGCACUACUUGUUUUUAAGGUGAAAUGUUCAAAAAUUCAUUAAAGAGUAUUUAAUUGUGUUAAAAUAAAAUUCACCCAUUUAACAUAAUGUUCGUGCCGAUUAUCUCCAUACUUUUUGUACUCCUUGCUGAAGCAAAUUGUGGCGGCGGACCUCGCCAAGUACAUGCCGGAUUGGCAAAAGCACUGCAAAAUGACGACAGCUUGACAGAAAAUCAACUCGGUGAGGGCAUCGAAGUGGACAAAUCGUUUAUUCAAAUCCGUUCAAAUGAACCAGGCAUCCUUUCAAGUAGUCCGGGGUGUCCAAGUCCAACCGAUGGUUACCCAUGGGUCAAGUUUGGCACGCCGACACGUUGUUACCUGACCGGUUUUCAAGGCCCGUGUCCCCUCUACAUGAAAAUGUUGUAUAAUCAAAACUCCCCCGAAUUCGGGUAUUGUCAAUGCGACUGUUUUGAUAAUGAUCCAUCCUCUCCAUUUGAAUAUUACUGCAUGCGGAAGCCGUCAGAAUGGGAUUUGGAUUCAGCAUUUCGAGCAUAUGGAUUUUCUUCGGAAACGAAAUCUUGUUACGCACUAUUUUCUCAGGGUCCCUGCCAAUCGGACGAGUGGUUCGUCCUGGAUCCAUCGGGGACAAAAUCCAUCUGCAAAAAGAGACGCUGUCGACACCCCAGGGAUCCACACGAAUUGAUAUUUUAUUCCAGCAAGACGCAAUCUUGUCAGGAACUUGAUGCCCAAUGCCGACCUGAGAGCAAUUUUGGUCGGGCAUAUAAUGCUCCGGGGGAUGGCAACCCGUCUACUUACAAAUACACUUUCAUAAAAAGUACCUGGAUUCCGCAGUGCAUUUAUCGUGAGUAUGACAGUGCUUUUGGUUCUAUCGCACCAGUCGGUGAAUUUGACUGUGAAAAAGGGACAACUUUUUCCAAACUGCUGAAACGGUGUAUUACACCUUUCAGGAAAUUUAGUGGAAAUAUUGGCUGAAUAGUGCAACACUUUUCAAAGUGGAAGAUCAGAUUGAGAAAGAUGUUUAUUGGUAUUUGUCUGAAUAAUUGUGUAAAGUUGAAUAGAAAUAAAUAGAUAAAAAUAUGGA